CCUCUCCUUCCUUCCUUCUCAGGACUCACGGGUGCUUUUGCGGUAGUUUGCUUGUCACAGUGGCAAUUCUCUACUGUUCCCAAAUAAACCUGGCUUUUGCCAGUAAAAUAAACGGUAGCUUUAUUUUUAAGGUUGACAGGUGUGAUUAAUUUUAACGAACAGCAGACACAAAAGUCCUACUCUGAGGACUGAGUAGAAGUUGUCUUUAGGGCAGGCCAAGUCCUCACAGAAAAUUGAAGACUUGAUGGAAAUGAUGAAGAAGUUGCAGAAAGCGGGAAGCCUAGAGCCCAGGGUUGAGGUCCUGAUUAAUCGGAUUAAUGAGGUUCAGCAAGCAAAAAAGAAAGCCAGUGAGGAGCUGGGAGAGGCCCGGACUGUUUGGGAGGCCCUGCAGAAGGAAAUGGACUCACUGAGUGGAGAGGAAGUACGUCUGAAAGAGACCUUGAACAAAAAGCAAGAGACCCUAAGGAUCCUCAGACUCCACUGCCAAGAGAAGGAAAGUGAGGCACAGAGGAAGCAGACCAUGCUGCAGGAGUGCAAGGAGCGAAUUUCUGCCCUGAACUCCCAGAUCGAGGACGAGAAGAACAAACAGAGGCAACUGAGGUUGGAUUUUGAGGAACAGCUGGAGGAUCUGAUGGGCCAGCACAAGGACCUCUGGGAGUUCCACAGACCAGAGCAGAUGGCCCAGGAGAUUGGCGCCCUGGACAGCAGCAAGGAGCAAUUGCUCAGGGAAGAGAAGCUCGUGGAAGCAAAGCUGGAGGACGUGAAGCAUCGUCUGUGUUCCCAGUUUGGGGCUGACGGUUGCUCGACCACUGCUGAGGGGCUCUUUCUCCGCAGCCAGGAGGCAGCAGCUGCAGUACAUAUGUUUGAAGAGGAGAACAGGAAGGCCCAGGAGCUCCUAGAGGCUGCUGCCCAGCACCAUGAACAGCUGCAGCAGAAGUGCCAGCAGCUACAGCAAAAGAGGCAGAGGCUUAAGGAAGAGCUGGAAACGCUUGGGGUGCAGAUCCCUGCUCAAGCCCAAAGCAAACAAGAUGAAGGGGCUGGCCCAGGAGAACUUGCCAAUCCUAAGCUCCUAGGAGUCAGCAAGGAGAAAGACCCAGGGCUGCCCACCAAGCAAGGCCGUACUAUGCCCUCCUAGGCAAGGACUCUUUUUGCCUUGGAGCAUAUUCCAUGAACUUCAGGAAAUAAAGGCACUAUUUCAGUA